AUGGCCUCGGAUCCUUCUACAAGCGCGAAGAUAGAUGACAUCCUCUCGAUGUGCGAGGUCUUCGGCCAAUCUCUUCGUGCAAACACAACCUCUGACAGCUUCGAAUCCGGAGACAUCACCGAUCCGAAUCAUUUGGCUGAUUCCGCUCCUGUCAUAAUGCCUCAGAGCCUUGAUCGUGUUCGUGAGAUGCCGCACAUCCCGGCUGCGCCCACGAAGACGCUGACCGACUUCAAACCAAUUGCACUAAAUCCCCAAGGUCUCGGCUCAGAUACCAUGACUGUCAACCCUGCUUCUUAUGAUCGCAUCUUCGAAGGCGAUUGGAAGACCCAAAAGGAGGACGCUGGCGAUGGCGAUGGCGAUGGCGAUGGCGAUGGCGACCAUGAAGACGUCAACGGCAACACUGAUGAAGUUCCCAGACCACAGCUUCGUAAUGGCUAUGACUACAUCAAUGGCUACUCUCCCUCAUUCAUCAUUUGCGUGCAGGGUAUCCUGAAUAUCGAUGACGAUACUCCGGUUUCCAGCUUGGGCAAGGGCGGCAGCAAAAUCCACCAAGUGAAGCAAGGUAAUGGCGACACCACCACAAACAACCAAAGCACUGCCGGCCCUUCUACCAGCGACCAGCGCCCUGCCAGCGCCCGUCCCAAAAAGCCACGCAAGCCCAUGACGGUUUCCAAAGCCACACACAAACAUCUGGACUAUGACAAUGCGCCGUUGUCUAGUGUCUACGAGAUCUUCGACCACAUGUCUGAAAAGGCUAAGAAGCUCACCACUGAGUGGGAUGGCAUGACCGUCAGAGUCUUUGAAGAAGCUUGCAAGGUGCUGGAGGCUUCGCCAUUACGCAUCUUCACCAUGUGCUCCGGCACAGAAGCUCCGAUCUUGGCCAUGGACUUGGUCAAAGAGGCUCUCCAGCGGAAAGGAACCAAAUUCAUGUACGAACACGUGGCCAGCGCUGAGAUUGAACCCUUCAAGCAAGGCUACAUCGAACUCAACUUCCAGCCCCCUAUCCUCUUUCGUGAUGUCACCGAAUUUGGAAAGCCCGUUGCCAGGACGGCGUACGGCGCGAAGAAGAGCCUGCCACAAGACUGCCACAUCGUGGUAGCGGGCUCUGCUUGCGUUGAUUAUUCAUCGCUCAAUCAAAACCCUAAGCAAUUUGGCGAGAAGGGCGAGUCUUAUGCUACCAUGACCGGGGUCAUGAAAUACUGCUUGUGGGAAACGCCCGCGAUCAUUCUACUAGAAAACAUCAAAGGCGCGCCAUGGCCGCUGAUCUGCCAGGAGUGGUAUACCACUAACGGAUAUGAUGUUCGCGCCGUGACUGUUGACACAAAGAAUUUCUACAUUCCUCAAACUCGACAGCGAGGUUACAUGAUUGGUUUCAACCGUGCCCGGGCUCAGAAGGCUGGUUUCGACACCGCGAAAGCGCUGGAUUCGUGGGUGGACUUUUUCAGGAAGUUCCAGCACCGAGCUACAUCGCCCUACACCGAUUUCAUCUACGCAAAUGACUCGCCUCAGAACGAGCGAGUACGGUACAUGGUUGAAAGCACAGCCGACGCCUCCAAAAAGGAGAUCUCAUGGGCGCUCUGUCGCCACCGAUACGCAAAUUUCCGACUGGAUAAGUCGUAUGGCUCACUUCGACCAUACACCGAAUGGAAGGAGAACGGAACCAGCCUGCCACCGGAUUUUACAUGGCUGACCUGGUUGAAGCUCCAGCGAGAUCGUGUCCUCGAUACCCUCGACAUCGCCCAGCUACGAUACAUCUGUGAUCGUGACUAUGACAUGAGCUACAAAUCGCGCACAGUCGAUUUAUCACAAAACAUCGAUCGUGACCUUGACUCCAAACACUGGGGUAUCGUUGGAUGUCUGACCUCGACUCUGCUCCUCUACGAUACGUAUCGUGGUGGAGUGAUCUCUGGAACCGAAUCCUUGAUCCUGCAAGGCAUUCCCGUGGACGAUUUGAUUCUUUCCAAAUUAUCUACAAAACAAAUGACUGAUUUGGCGGGCAAUGCGAUGACUAGCACUGUUGUCGGAGCUGCCAUAUUGGCUGCUAUUGCUGCUGGCGUGCAAAACAGCACGACCAUAUUCCAUCGCACCAAAACUGGGCAGAAUCCCGCGCUGGACAAUUUCCUUGCACUCCCCGAGCUAAAAACCUUACAGCAAUGUGCAGAAAGUUGUAAGACCGCAGGCCUAGAAAAGAGAACACUCUCUCUUACUGAGCGGGAGCAACUGAGCGUUGUUGCAGCCAAGAAACUAGCCAUGCGAUCUCGACAGCUUUGCGGAUGUGAGGGCGUUACAGGAAUCAAGCAUGCCACGAAAUUCUACAUCUGCCGGCAGUGUGGCCAUACCGCCUGCGAGAAGUGUAUGGGCCAGCCCCAACAUGAUUAUUGCCCACUUGACAUACCAGGCGGUAGAAAAGAUCCGGCGGAAUUCAUGCUGUCCGUCCAGAAAGCAUUGCCCCGCUCACUUUCUCUUGGAAAUGUAUCCGGAUCCUUGGCUUCAAAUGCCGAGAAGCUGAAGGCUUUCAGUUCUGGAGAGUCGGCGUUCACAGACCCCGAUGGGAUGCAAAUCGACAAGAUUGACUCGGUGAAAGGCAAUAGUACCUUCUCCCGCGCUUUGUCUUCCUUGCGUUCUCACGACCUCAGUCAAGAAGAAGUUGACGCGCUAAAUGAGGAGUUUCGCCAGAUGGUCAAGGACUCGAUCUCUGAGCCAUUCCACUAUCGCAGUAUCAAGCGAGACACCGCUUGGAAGGUAGAGUAUUCUUCACCCAAGGCGCGACUAGUGCUCUCUUUCGAGCCAAAGUUUCGUCCGCUUAGCAAAGACACGAUCCUCUACGAGGAGCUUCCGGAUGCUAAGUGCUAUUGGCUACUCUACAUCAAAUGUUCCCCCAAGAUCAGCCAAGGCAGCAUGCUGCGCGAGAAAGCGCGUCACCCUAUCGCUCGCAUGUGUCCUGUCAAUGGCUUGAGGUUCGGGUUAUGGGAUGCUUGGAACUUCCACGCAGAUCUGUCGACAGAUGCUUGCGUGACGGGAGCUGGUGAGAGCAUCCAUGCAAUGGAGAGUCGGACCGGAAUCCUGGACCCCAACUUUCAGUCGCUACGUGUGUGCUCAGAGUUGAACAUCCACAUCAGAUCUACACCGCCCAUCGAAGCACGGUUCUCCAUCGAAGCACAGUCGUGGAAUUUUGAGUACCUGCAGGACUGUGGCACCGCCAAUGGGCUCUUGUACCGAGCUAUGGAUGAUGACAAAGGCCAGCCUCUGUAUUUCUUCCUCAACCCUUAUCACCUCCAGGAUGCCAAAUACGACUCUAUGGUCAUAGCGACCAGCCAUCGGCGCAUACCACGGUCUGAUUCGCGACUCACCGAAUUCGAAUUUGCCCCAGGUUGGCGGCCUGUUGCCAAGCACGACGAUGGGAGCCAGAGCUCUUUCAAACAAGAUGUGAGAUGCACGUUUACUGGCCAAUGGUCACGACUUGCUGCAUUUCCGCUCGUCGUAUCGAACAACGAGAAGGACAUUUCUGUCUGGGAGCCUAAGACAGCGCCUAUCGUAUCUGCAAGUUCAACAAAUUGCCAGAAAGCAUCAGUCCUUGCCUACGCAAUUGAUCUACCUUCGAUCACGGAGGUCAUCGACAGCUUCGGUAACAACUCCUCCAAGCUUGAAGAUCAGUGUAUUCAUCUCGACCUUGCUGAUAAACGUGGCAAAAUGAAACUCUGGAAGUGGAUGCUUGGUGCUUUGCGCAUACCUGAUUUUUUGAUUGGGCCCCACAAGGUCACGGAUGAAUUGUCACUAUGCGAAAGCUGCGAUACAUGCUUCCCUCGCAUGCUAGAAAUGGUUUGGAAGUGGCACCGCAUGCGCAUGUCCAAACGCCUGGUCCUCAGACCCGUUGAGGAUGAGGAGAACGCUCGGAAACGCGAACAAGCACUCAAAGCGCGGCCCCCACUUGCCACUGCUACACUGCAUGUCUCGGAAGGCAAGGCUCAUCUUCAACUACAGAUCAACAUACAGUCUCUAAUUCAUCGGGCUGUUUCGCCUAUGCUAUCCGGCAACGCUGGUGUGGAAGCCUGCUGGGAGGUUGCUCCUUACAAUGACUUGGAAUUGCCGCGCGCUUACAAGAUUCCGCGGCUCCAAGACAACUCAAAAGACGUUGAGCAUCCGGAUCCCACCUCCUUCAAACGUUCACUUUGGCCGUCGCAGAAGACGACGCUGGCUUGGAUGGUGGAAGUUGAGCAGGGAGGUCACAUCUGGAUCGAGCGUAAUGUGCAAGAUCAUCCAAUUCAACCCUUGCAAUGGAACCUCAUCGCACGCGCGGAAACCCGAGUUCCAAGCAAAGGGGGCAUCAUUGCCGAUGGCGUGGGCACUGGCAAGACAACCAUUGCAUGCGCUUUAGCUGCUCUAGAUAUCGACCAACAGCCACUAGUCGACACUGAUCUCAGCAGCCGGAAAGCGAUCAAGGCGACUGCGUUCCUGGUGCCCGACAAUUUGGCAGAGCAGUGGGAAGAACAGGUGCGCAAAUGCUUCAAGACAAACGCAGUCACACUCCUGGUCGUGAACACAUUCGCCGAGCUUGCUCAGUACACACUUGAGGAGAUCACGAGAGCCGACAUUCUAAUCAUCUCACUAUCUGUUCUCGACGAUGCGAAAUACUGGGAGUCUGUACAGGCUCUCUGCUACGCGCCAAAUGUCCCUACAGCAAGCGGCCGUGCCCAUGUGCAGUGGCUCAAGACAACUAUGAAUGCACUCGAAGAGAUCAGCGAAGCUUCUGAACAGUUUGACAACAUUGCAAGCAUCGAGGCUUGUCGGGCCGAAUUAUUAAAGAGCAAGCGCCACCUGAAAUUCGAGCCAUUCAUGGGAUUUCGCAAACGCGACAUGAAAAACAUUGACCCUAAUGCUCUACAAGUGCCGCAGGUCGAGCUAAAUGCAGAGGAGACCACCCAGAACGUCUACCCCGAAGCCGUCGAAUCUUUGAAUGGUGCAGAAGCUCUAGACAAGGACUGGGAAAUUCAGAACCACCCUCUACCCAUGAACCAUGGCCGGAACUCUGUUGUUGCCCUACUGCACUUGUUCUCGUUCCGUCGCAUCGUGGUGGAUGAAUUUCAGUACUUGUCGCCCAAGAUCUAUACGGCAUUGUUGAUGCUGAAAUCGCAGAAGACCUGGUUGCUUUCGGGUACUCCGCCAAUGGACGAUAUCGAUGGUGUGGACGCUAUGGCUAGACUUCUUGGUCUACGAAUUACUACCCGUCCAGUUGAUCUCAUUUCCCCGGGCUUUACGGCUGAAAAGCUCAAGACUCUGCUCAAGGAGACAUCGUAUGUCGAGGAGUUCGGAGAUUACAACCAAGUUUCAUCCACGGCGGCCAUUAACAACCAUCACCAGCUUGCACGCAACUUUUUGUCCACGUUUGCGAGAAGUAAUACGGUUACCACCGAAGCCCUGACAGACGUUCAGCACCUCAUCAUCGUUGAACCUCAAGUCCGCGAGCUGGUCAUUUACUUCCUGUUUUACACAGUCCUCAACAACCAAGCGGUCAAGCAUUCUGACAAAGAUGCAGAGUUGUCGGGCUUGAACGAGAUUCUCAAAGACCUGAAGGAAGAAGCGCAAAAGAAAGGCCACCACGAGACGAACAUGGCUGCUGGUAUUGUUCGCUUGAUUGGACAAUGCAAGAGCCCCGAUAUGGCCAUGUUGUGCUGCUACGUUGCUGCCGUCUUGAAGACGACCAAGAACGACGAGGACAAGCCACAUAGCCUCAACACACUACAAACCUACUUGCGGAAUGAAGUCCAAGGCCAGCUACGCUACAUGAACGCCAUGAUUGCAGAGGCUUGCGGCUACUGGCUCAAGGAUGUGGAUGAUCGCGACCUCGUACUGGAAAAAGAAGACCUCGUUCUUUGGGCAGAUGAAGUCAUUACUGGCCAGCUUGGGGAUCCAGAUGCUACCAGAGCCAUCGAUGAGAUGCUCGGCCACGCCCAAGACAACAACACCGUGCCGACUGAGAUGCUGCACAACAAGCUCAAAAAGCCCAAGGUUCCUCUUGAUCCGACGUCUGUUCUCCCCAAGGACAGAAACAAAGAGAUGCAGAUUCGCAUCAGCGACCUUCGCACGGUGUCUGACACACUGGUCCAAUCCACCCGGCAAUUCCGUUUCGUGGACAUCGCCAAGAAGAUCUUCAACGGUGAAGAUAUCACCUGUCCCGCUUGCAUGAUGGCCUCGGAAACCGAGGACCUCCGUGUCUUGACGACAUGUGGCCACGUGUUCUGCAAGGACUGUCUCCAAGUAGCCACCGAUGGUGGUUCGGGUGGGCUCUGUCUCGUCCCGGGGUGUUCCUGCAUCAUGGAAGACUAUCUUCUCCUGCCCGCCACGUUGUGCCAGCAAGGGCGCACGACUGAGACGACCGACUACGGCUCUCGCGGAAUGGCCAUCGCCAAGAAGAUCCAAGAAAUCCUGGGCAGCAACUACUCGGCGCCCCAAGACACCGACGAUUACAUCGUCGUCUUCGUGCAGUACUACGCACAGGCCCGAGAGCUGAUCUGGGUCCUCGAGCGAGAGGCCAUCGGAUACGCCGAUGCCUGCGUUCCCCCGGGACUUUCGGCAAGCAAGACCACCAAGGCGCUGGCCGAGGCGCGAGGUCUUAUCCAGGGGUUCAAGACCCAGGCCAUGCUGGGCAACCAGCGGGUCGGGUCUGGGUUCUCCCAGGACCUCGACGGUGGGGCUGGCCCCUACCAGCCCAACAGCAGCAAGCAUGUUCUGAUCCUCAUGCUUGACAGCGAGGACGCUGCAGGCUGGAACCUGCAGGUCUGUUCCCACGUGUUCUUCGCGGCGCCCUACGUCGCGGCAAGCGCGUUCCGCUAUCGGAGCGCCUUGCAGCAGGCGACGGGGCGCGCGAAGCGCGUGGGACAGGCAAAACCUGUCCACGUUUACCAGGUCGCGUUGGGGUGGACCAACGAGGUGAACUCGUUGGAGGGCCGUCGCAAGGAUGGCAAGGUGGUGGUGAAGGCGGGGGGUGUCGCCUGGUGGGAGGCGAAGGAGGAGGCGGUGGAGGGGGAGCGGGUGGCGGGGCCGUCCUUGCUGGUGAGCAAGGGUGAGGCUGAGCCCGAGGAGGAGGAGUGA